AUGGCUGGACCACACCGCUGGACCCGGCGAUUCGCUCGACUGGACUCAAAAACCAUCGAGUAUCUGGGCCGCAAACGCCCCGAUGUCUUCUCCAACGCCUGGUCAGAAUGCGCCUUCUGCUUCUCCAUCUUCAUGAGCCAAAUUUUAGCCGAAUACUACAUCUCCGGCUCCAAUGUGCUCCUCCCGACUCUCCUCACGGAGCUGGACAUCCCCCCGGCGCUCUCCAUCUGGCCCUCCACAGCCCUGUCCCUCGCCGUCACCUCCACGCUGCUGAUCUGCGGCCGCCUGGCAGACAUGUACGGCGGCUUCGUGCUCUACGUCGGCGGGAUGGCCUGGCUGACCCUCACCUCCCUCAUCGCGGGCUUCUCGCAGAACUACCUCAUGCUGUUCGUCUUCCGCGCAUUACAGGGCCUCGCCCUCGCCGCCUUCCUCCCCUCCAGCAUCAUGAUUCUCGGAAGUACCUACCGUCCGGGGCCGCGCAAGAACCUCGUUUUUAGCAUCUACGGCGCAUGUGCCGCGCUCGGCUUCUUCGUCGGCAUCUUCUUCUCCGGCCUCUGCGGGCAAUUCCUCUCCUGGAGCUGGUACUUCUUUAUCGGCGCCAUCUUGUCAGCUAUCACCGCUGUCUCCUCCUAUCUGUCCAUCCCGUCCGACUACGCCCUCACCCGCAAGCUGACCAGGGCGUCUAUGGACUGGGCAGGCGCUGCGCUCCUUGUACCUGGGCUCGUGCUGUUCAUCUUCGCCAUUGCUGACAGCGCCCAUGCGCCGGACCAGUGGCGCACCCCUUACGUAUAUGUCACGCUCGUCAUCGGGGGGCUGCUCUUGCUGGCGCUAACGUAUGUUGAGGGGUGGGUCGUGUCAAACCCGUUGCUUCCGGGCGAUUUGUUCUCGGUCAAGUAUAUGACGCCGUUGGUGAUUGCGUUGUUGUGUAUGUAUGGGAGCUUGGGCAUAUAUUUGCUCUAUGCUUGUCUAUACAUGGAACAACUCAUGGGCGCCACCCCCCUCCAAGUAGUAGCCUGGGCAACCCCAAUGGCAGUAGGAGGCCUCACCCUCUCCGCCACAGGCGGCUUCAUCCUACACCUCCUAAACGGCACGGUCCUAAUAAUCAUCUCCUGCCUGGGCUACCUCGGCUCCGGGCUCCUCUUCGCACUCCUCCCCCCAGGAGGCAACUACUGGGCAUUCGUCUUCCCAGCAAUGAUCUGCGGCACAAUCGGCAUCGACAUCAGCUUCAACGUGACCAACAUCUUCAUCACGACGAACCUUCCGCGUGAGAGGCAGGGGCUCGCCGGCGCGCUGAUCAACUGCACGCUGCAUUUUGGAAUCGCGCUCAUGUUGGCGUUUGCGGAUAUCGUUCAGGUGGAGACUGAGACGCUUGGGCUGCGGGAGAGCUAUCGUGCGGCGUUUUGGUUCCAGGUUGCGUUGUCCGGGGUGGCGUUGGUGAUUGUGGGGGCGUUUGUGAGGAUUGAUCGGGCGAAGAGUGAGUUGACGGUUGAUGAGAGGAGGGAGUUGGAGGCUGCUGCUGGUGCUUAA